GUGUGUUUGUGAGUGUGUAGUCAGAGCUAAAGAAAGACCAAGAUGUCGACCACAGCUGAGUAUGACUGCAUAGUGAUCGGGGCCGGGGUCCAGGGCUCGUUCACGGCCUAUCAACUGGCUCAACACAACCAGAGGACUCUUCUGCUGGAGCAGUUCGUGCUGCCCCACACCAGAGGGAGCUCCCAUGGCCAGACCCGCAUCAUCCGCAAGGCCUACGAUCAGGACUUCUACACCCACAUGAUGGAGGAGUGCUACGAGCUGUGGGCUCAGCUGGAGCGGGAGGCAGGCGUCAAACUGUACAGACAAACAGGACUCCUGGUGAUGGGACCAGAGAGCAGUGUGAAUUACCAGCAAUAUAAGAGCACCCUGCAGAAAAACAAGGUUCCUAUGGUGACCCUGACCCCUGACAACUUCAGCCAGCACAUCCCCCAAAUCCACCUGGCUGAGGGAGAUGGAGCGGUGGUGGACGUCACUGCUGGAGUUCUCUUCGCUGACCGUGCACUCAGAACUGUUCAGGGGCAGUUUCAGAAGUUGGGAGGGAUCAUAAGAGAUAAAGAGAAGGUAACAGACAUCGAGCCUGGGCCUGUUGUCACCGUGUCAACCACUGCUGGUGUUUAUCGAGCCAAGAGUGUGGCGAUCACCGCUGGACCCUGGUCUAAUAGACUGCUGGCCCACACUGGCUUACAGCUGCCACUAGAGGUGACGAAGAUGAAUGUGUGCUACUGGAAAGAGAAGGUUCCUGGAUCCCAUGGCGUGGAGCAGCGUUUCCCCUGCUUCCUGGUGACUGAGUCUGAGGGGGCCACAGCCCACAUCUAUGGCCUCCCCUCCAACGAGUACCCAGGCCUGAUGAAGAUAUGUUACCAUGUUGGCAGCAGAACAGACCCAGACCAGACGCACAAGCAGACGGACAGGUCUGAUAUUGACAUCCUCCAGCGCUACAUUGCCCGCAGUCUCCCUGGCCUGUUCCCUGAACCUGCAGUGGUGGAGAGCUGCAUGUAUACGAUGACGCCUGAUAGUGAUUUUGUGCUGGACUGUCACCCCACCUACAGUAACAUUGUGAUUGGAGCAGGAUUCUCAGGUCAUGGCUUCAAGUUUGGACCAAUCAUUGGCAAGCUCCUGUGUGAACUCAGCAUGGGAAAGGUGUCCUCCUAUGACCUUUCACCUUUCCGAAUCCGACGCUUCCAAGGAAAGAGCAAAUCAGCUUUAUAGAGUUGUUGCCGGAGCAUCAACAAGUCAUCGUGUCUCGUAUAAUUCUAACUGAGAUUGUCGUGGUAAUUUUACACUGCAAUGUUAGUUUAAUCACACAGUGGAUUCACACUGAUUUAUAUUUUAUGGCUGAUCAGUUUGUGUAUUAUAUAUGUAGAAACACAAAUAUUGGUGUCUAUCUUCACACAACUUAUUGCACAUUGACUAACUGAUUAAUUAAAAGUGCAAUUUCAGUAGCACCUUCUCUCGGAUUUGCGGUGGAAUCUGAUUCCUCAUGAAGUGGAAACCUAUUCUAACUGGCUGCAUAAGGAGCUGCAGAGCUUACAUAUCAAGUGUAGACUCAUCACCACUAUUGUUUUAACACUAUGCAGUUUCUGUGAGAUGCUUGGUGCAUAUGAUGCCAUAAUAUUAUAUACAGCUCCCAUUAAACAGACUUGCUUUUGAAUGGAUGACAUAAGAAAUAAUGUCUGGAAGAAGUGUUGUUGUUCUCCGAAACAACAAGAAUGUUGUUUAAUUUACCAGCAAUAAACUAACACACAAUUUUAACUGGAAGAUUGUGAAAAAUGUGCCUUGCAAUUGUAAAAUUACCCAUUUGAGACAUAUGGAUGGUAAUAAAAAAGCUAUAUUCUUA